AUGGGUUGUGCCUUAUCCUGCGGCCUGAAGUUUGCCGUGCAUCUCUUUAACGCCAUCCUUUGUAUGGCUUUCAUGGUGGUUGGCAUUUUUAGCAUCAUUCUGGUAUCCUCAGCAUCACUUUUGCAAAGCAUGCUGCAGAAGAUGUUGGAUGUGAGCAUGGUCCAGCCGGAGCAUAUGCAUGAGCUUGUUCAUUUUAUCGCUGGAAAUGUGGGUGGUAUUGCUUGUAUUCUCGUUGUGGCCAGCUUCUGCAUAGCGGCACUGUGUUUAAUCGGAUGCAUCUCCUCUUGCUGUGGCUGCAACUUACUGUUCAAGAUCUACUCCGCUAUCUUGGCUGCGCUUCUUCUAGCUCAAAUAAUAGCGGUUAUCGUGAUCUUUCCCGAUCCACACCGACUAGCUGCCGCUUUCGUGGAAUCAACGAAAGAAUUACUCGCCUUCUAUGGCAAUGAUACUAGACCUGGAGAAGCAGUAUCGGCGAUUUGGAGUGCCACUAUGGGCUUGACGGAAAGCCAUGCUGUGGAAUGGACGGAUACACCGAUUUCCCAGAAGGAACUCGUUAUUUGCGUACUUAUGGGAGAACCGGACCUCCCAGUUCAGUGUUGUGAGUCGGACGCAUCGACCUGCACUGUGGAAGGCGCCAGGAAAGCCAACAUUACUGGAUGCAGGGAUAAACUAGUUGAUAUCGCCAGAAAUAAUCAGGUGUUCAUUAUGCAUGUCUGCAUUGGCGCCAUUCUACCACAGGUCGUACUUAUCACCAUUGUCUUCCUCGUCAUAUGCUUGUAA